UAAAGAUGUUUUAAUUAAUUUACAGGGGUGUAUUUGCUUUUAAUAAAUGGAUAAGGUAGCAGUGUCUCCUCAAGCAGGUUUCUAGAGCCAGUAACUGACUCAGACAGUCAGCGUACAAGACUCAGUCCCUAAAAAUAGAUUUAAAGGUCCACCUUUUUGCAUGCAACAAAAAUAAAAUCAGCUGUCACCAUUAACUCAUGUGAGAGAGGGAAGAGUAUAUUCAGAGUGGAGCUGGUCUCCACAAACUUGCUAUAAUAACGGGGACUGGGAAAAAUUAAAAAUAAAGUAGAAACGGCCUACGGUGGUGAAGAAAUUCAUUAUAUUCUUUUUAAUUCUUAUUUGUAUCUAACGAGUUACAACAAACCUAGAGAUAAGGAUUUGAUAAACCUAAACAAGGGCCAUCAGAAGAAGAUACCACCUGGAGUGGUAUUAUCCCCUUAGAUUUCCAAGAAUCUUUAUCUUUGAAGGAAAGAAUGGCAUUGUACCAAGCUGCGGUUUCCAACAAAAGUCACAGCUCCGUCACAAAUGCUGUAGAAGAGUCGGAAACUCGUGCAGUGCCCGGCGGACUGGCUAAGAUGAAGGAGCAGUUUGAAAAGUCUAAUGUUGCUUUAUCUCACAGUGCUGUUACUCAGUAUCAAUAUCAGCAGAGAGCUGUGAAGGAAAUGAGGCAGAGCAAUGAAGUUACAUUCAUGAGCAGCUCACAAGCAAAUGAACAACACACGUCUCAAAGUCAAUCUCAGUUUACAAGUUUCAAUACGGCACAGGUAUCUGCACUUGAGCAAAGUACCCACGAGAAACACACAGCCUCUAAUUAUAGUCAAGCAGCGGAUGGAGUAGACUAUAAAGAAAUCCCAAAGAUUUCAGCACAGGUUGUAAAGGAGCAAUUUGAAAGACCUUCCAAAGAAAAAAGUACAAAUCCUAGUGGAGCCUCUGUGACACGAGGAAAAAACACAAAGAUCUAUAAUGACUAUCCAGAAUUUGAAUGGCCAGUGGUACAUAGCAACAUCAAUGAUUCAUCAAGCAGAGUCUUUGAAUCAACAAGUGCAACCACAUCGACUAAACAUACAUCUUCUGCCAGUGCUGGUUCCCUUAGUUUUGGAAGCUUAGAAGAGUUUCCGCCACCCCCUCCUCCAGAUAUCUUAGAUACAGCAGAAAUGGCAGAAUUUUCCCAGUCCCCUGAAGCUUUAAGCGCUUCAGAAAGGCAUGCAUCUACAGCGCCCAAAGAGUUAUACUCAAAGCAAAGAAAUCUGUAUGAGCUAAAACGUUUGUACAAGCAUAUACAUCCAGAACUUAGAAAAAAUUUAGAACAGGAAUAUAUUAGUGCCGUUUCUGACAUUAUAACAAGCCAAUGUGAUCAAAAAGAUAUGAAAUCAAAUGAUGUACAGCAAGUUAAGUAUGCAUUUGAAAAUGCCAGGGACAGUCCACAAAAAUGCAUCAGUCCUGAAAGAGAAUAUUUAGAAUGGGAUGAGAUUUUGAAAGGAGAAGUUCAAUCCAUGAGGUGGGUCUUUGAGAACCAACCUUUGGAUUCAAUCAAAGAUGAAUCACAAGAACCAAGCCAUAUUAAGAGUAUUGGAGAACAGGAAAUUAUCGCUGGAGGGGACGUAAAGUAUACAACAUGGAUGUUUGAGACGCAACCAAUCCAUGCUCUAAGUACAGAUAUAUCGGAUUCUCCAGAAAACGUGGAGAAAGUUCCUGACCUUGCAAGAGGAGACGUUCGAACAGCUACCUGGCUAUUUGAAACUCAGCCUUUAGAUUCUCUGAAUAAAAUUUACAAAGAAAAUGACUCACUGGAAACCACCAAUGCUGUAGAAGACAUUAGAGGCGGAGAUGUAAAAACUGCCAGAUAUUUAUACGAAACUCAAGUCCACGAUGAAAAUGUUAGUUCUGUUUAUGAGCAUAAUAUGUUAACAUUAAGAUCAGAACUGCAAGAAAUUAGAGGAGAUGUUAAAAGAACUGUAAAACAAUUUGAAACCGAACCAAAAUAUGUCUUGAAAGAUAGUUCAGGCAAAGUACUGGAAAUCAAAACUGUAUGCAAGGAGGAUAUUGAGAAAGGAGAUGUGAAAACAGCACGAUGGAUGUUUGAAACACAGCCCUUGGACACUAUUAAUCAAGAUGAAGUUCAAGUGAAAGUUGUCCGAGGCAUAUCUAUGGAAGAAAGUGUGAAAGGUGGUGUGGGAAAAGCAAAAUGGUUAUUUGAAACACAACCUUUGGACUCAAUUAAAGAAGAAACUUCCAUCACAGAAAAGGAAGCCGUUAUUGGAGCUGAUGUUUACCAAAAAUGUUGGAUUUUUGAAACAAUUCCCAUGGAUAUGUUAAAAGACAAAGCUAAUGAAAGGCCCCUCCAGGAAGAAGAGAUAAUAGGUGGUAAUGUCAGCAGUGCCAAACAUUUAUUUGAAACUGUGCCAAUGGACAUGCUUAAGGAGAGCACUGAUGUUAAUAAGCUUAAACAAGUAAUCACCACAGAAGAGGAAAAAGGAGAUGUACGACAUCAAAGAUGGGUUUUUGAAACAAAACCUCUGGAGCAGAUUAGAGAGGAAAAGAAGGACCAUAUCCGCACUGUUCAACUUGAAGAAAUUCAUAAAGGUGAUGUCAGUGGCUGUAAAAGUACAUUUGAGAGAGCAGAUUGGGAAAAAAUGGAUUUUUCAUCCAAAGUUCAAGUUGGAGAUUUUGCUAAGGGUUCUGUACAGCUAAACCGAAAACUUUUUGAAACCACUCCUUUAUAUGCUAUCCAAGAUCGCUUAGGACAUUAUCACAAAGUUCAAACCAUUCGUCAAGAAGAGAUAGUAAGAGGUGAUGUAAGAAGCUGCCAGUGGAUGUUUGAAACUAUACCGAUAGAUCAAUUUGGGGACGAUGAUGAAAACUACCAAAUUAUCAAAGGGAUCUCUUCUCAAGAAAUCGUCUCUGGUGAUGUAAAAACAGCAAAAUGGCUUUUUGAAACACAGCCCCUUGAUUCCAUCAAGUACUUUAGCAAUGUGGAAGAUGAAGAAACUACUAGAGAUCACCAAACUGAUAUUGUUAAAGGAGAUGUCAAAAUGUGUAAAUGGUUAUUUGAGACUCAGGCUAUGGAAGAUCUCUAUGACAAAGAUGCGAAAAUGACAAACAGCGUAGAUAUUCAAAAGGGGGAUGUAAAAACCUGCACUUGGCUUUUUGAAACACAACCACUCGAUUCAAUACAAGAAAGUCCAGACAAAGAUAAUGAAAUGUAUAAAAGAGAUUGGGAGAAAAUUCAAGGCAGAGAUGUACAAACAGCGUGUUUACUUUUUGAAACACAAAAUUUAGAAAAUAUACAAGGAGGAGAAACAAAAGACUUUAAAAGGGUGGUUGAAAUAGAUGUCCAGAGUGGUGAUGUAUCCACCAUGAAAUAUAUUUUUGAAAACCAGCCAUUGGAUAAAAUUAGUUUAAGCUCAGAAGAAGUUUUGCAAAAGAUAAAAAGUAUGAAAUGUGAAGAUCUUCAGAAUGGAAAUGUCUUAAAUUGUAGGUGGCUGUUUGAGAAUCAUUCCAUGGAUAAGAUCAAUGAAAAUGUAGAGGAAAACAAAUCAUCGUACGCCAUCAAAGAUGUACAAGGGGGAAAUGUAAAAAAGGGUUGUUUUAUCUUUGAAACAUUCUCUUUGGAUCAGAUAAAGGACUCAAGUUUUGAAGAGUCUUCGACUAGAACAGUCAAUAAAGAUGAGAUAAUUAAAGGAGAUGUGAAAAACUACACUAUGAUGUUUGAAACGCAGCCUCUUUAUGCUAUUCAAGAUAAGGAAGGACACCUUCACGAAGUCACUACUGUCAAAAAGGAAGAGGUUUCUCAUGGUAAUGUUCGUGGAACAAGGUGGUUGUUUGAAACAAGGCCAUUGGACUCUUUUAAUGAAACAAGUGAAGUUUUUCUGAUUAAAGCAGUUACCCAAGAGGAUAUAGAAAAGGGAGAUUUUAACUCUGUUCGAUGGAGAUUUGAAACACAGCCACUGGAUACCAUUUCUGAUGACGUUAAAGCAAGAGUAAAAACCAUUGAUGAUGUUCAAGGGGGCAAUGUGGAAGCCAAUAAACAGCUCUUUGAAAACAAAGAGGACAAGGACCAGUUUGUGAGAACAGUUAGUAUCAGUGAGAUUCAACAGGGCAAUGUAAAAACAUCCACGUGGUUAUUUGAAACGCAUAACAUUGAUGAGAUUCACAGAGAUGGCUACCAGAACAUAAAAACUGUGACAAUGGAAGACAUUCAUAAAGGAGAUGUUCAAGAAGCAGUGUGGCUUUUUGAAAACCAGAAUUUGGACUCAAUAAGAGAAGAUGAGGAAAAUGCAAGAAAUAUAACAAAGGAAGAAAUUCCACAGACUGAUGUUAGAACAACAACGUGGCUUUUUGAAACUACACCCUUGCAUGAAUUUAAUGAGUAUAAAGUAGAAAGGCAAGAAGUCAUCGGGAAGAGUAUCCAAGAAACAUUAAAAGAGCUAUACAGUCAGAAAAUAGUGGAAUCACAUGGCAUUAUUUUAGAAACAGAUGAAAUCGGUGAUAUCCGCAUGGCCAAAUACCACCUAAUGAAUCCAGAAACACCAGUGAUUCAAAAAGAAGAUGUUAUAAGGGGUGAUCUCCAGAAUAUAAUGAUGAAUCUACUAUCUCAAAACACAUCCACAGAAAGAAUGGUUCUGUUAAAUGAGGAAGAAAAGGGAAAUGUCACCUUGACCAAAUCCCACCUGUUAAACCAGUCGACUGAAGUACAAGUUCAAAAAGAGGAUAUUGUUGGAGGGGAUAUACAGGAAGCCAUAAAGAAACUUUUUAAUGAUAAGACUUUCGAAAAACAAGGAAUACUAAUUCAAGAAAGUGAGAAAGGAGAUAUUAAGAUGACAGUAUACUCUCUUUUUAAUAGAAGUGAUAACAAAGAUUUUCAACGGGAGGAAGUGUUAGGUGUUGACAUAAAACGUGCAAUUUCUAACCUCAAAUCAUCAGCAGUGGCUAAUGAGACAUUAGAGAGAGUAAAAAUAGAGGAUUCUGAAAGGGGUAAUGUCCAGUUUUACACAACAUGUAUUGAAUCUGGAGCAUUGGAUUAUCUGAAACGUUUGCAGCAAACAUCAGAUGAUGUUUCAGAAAAAGAAAAUGAGGAGAUAAUUGGAGGUGAUGUGGAAGGUACAAAACUUCUGUUAAAAAGACAGCUAUUUCAAGUUGAGCGCACCAUUGAUGAAACAGACAUCAUCCCUGGAGAUGUGUACAAUACAACAAAGGUUUUUAUGACAGUGCCGGAGAAUAAGUCACUUGAUGCAAAUAAAGAAGAAAUUGUAAAAGGUAAUUUGAGAGAAACCCUAAAUUCGCUUAACCAAGCUAUAAAUCAGACUGUGUGUGUUGAGAAAGAAGAGAUCAUUAAAGCUGAUCUCACUGCAACUCUAAAGUCUCUCACUGAUUCACAGAAUCAGGUAAGAGAUAUAGAAAAGCAAGACAUUAUCCCAGGUGACAUUCAAGGAACCAUUAAUUCUCUUGAAAAAGCCAUAAACAUUAAAACAGAGUAUGUAAAGGAAGAUGUUAUUCGUGGCAACCUUGAUGCAACAUUAAAAUCUUUGAAGGAAGCACAACAGUCUAUAAAGCAAUCAGAAAAAGAAAGUGUAAUCAAAGGGGAUGUAAGUGCAACCGUUCAAACUCUACUAGAUGCCUCUACAGAGAAGAAAAAUGUCCAACAUAAGGUCAUUGAUCAAGGGGAUGUGAAAGGUACCUUAAAGACCUUGUUACAGCCAACAUUUCAAACAGUCCAACGAAAGGCGAGUGUGGAAGGCAAUGUUAAAGACACUAUCAAAAAUCUAAUGCAAUUAAAUGAAGAAACCCAAAUUGAAAAUAAACAUUCAAGUACAAGAGGUAUAUCUGGCGAGCAAAUCAACUAUGGAGGUCAGACUGACCAAUAUCAUGCUACAAAAAUUGAUGGCAGAAAUCAACAAAGUAUUCAUUCCUCACAGCAAAAUUUAAUCGAAGCCAGUGAUACCUUGGUUGAUAAUGUCACAAUGAAAAAUGAAAAAGCUGAAAUAAGUAAUAUAUCUGGUCACAAUAUAUAUAACAAGGCUAUGUUCUGUAGUGAUGAUGAAAAGAUUCUACACCAAACAAAAUCAGAAUCACUCAAAGCUUGGAAGAAACAUAAGCUGGUCACUGGUGAUCAAGCAGCAGAACCAAUAUCAGCAGAGAAUACAUAUUUACUUCAAGGAUUUAGUGACGAAUGCAAAGAAAAAACAUCUACAGAACUCAUCGAUCAAAACAAGGUGAUGCAAAACGCAAAAAUGUCAUCCAGUAUUAAUACCUCCAAAUACACUGCAUCACAACAGCCUAUCAAUGUGAUUAAUAGAGGGAGCCGUCAUACAUCAGACAAUGUUCACAAGGAAGUAAAGAAGCAACAAAUUCAGCAUUAUAGGAAAACAAAGGAUGAAAUUAACGUUCAACGAGCUCAGGUUUUAGAUUCUAUCAAUAAUAAUGUUGACAAUGCAAGAAACUUGCAAAUAAUCAAGGACAAAAAUGUGAGAGAGAAAGAAACAGAAAAAACCCAAACAAGGGCAGUAAAAGAAAUGAAAUCAUUUCAAGAAAAAAGUAAAACAGUAUCCACCAGAGAAGAUCAAGCGUGUUUAACAACAAAUUAUUCUGGUUCUGCAAAGAAAUCAAAAGAGGAGAAGAAAUCUGAAACGUAUUUGCCACCUCCAUUGCCACCGGUAUCCUCAAAUCAGUUUCUACCACCUCCACCUCCACCAUUGGCAAAUAUGCCAUCAUUUAAGAUGAGCGGCGAACAAGAGAAUUUUCCAUUGCCACCCCCACCAGUACUUGAUAAUGGAUUUCUUCCACCACCACCACCUGAAACACCCCCAUUAACUAUUGAGUAUAUAGAACUAGCCAACAGAAAAAUGAAUAUUGAAUCUCCUCAGCAGAGGACCUCACAUAGUGAACAAUUGCAGUCACAUUCAAAAUCACAAAUGACCGCGUCUGAUCAAACAUAUGUGUCCGGACAACCUAGCAAGUCAAGACUGCCUAAUUUGAAACCUAACAUAAAAGAAAUGUCAGUAACCAAAGUUAACCAAAAACAAAAUAUCCAUAAAGAAUCGACAAUUUCAGAAUAUAUGCAAAAAGUAAGCACGAGUCACUCUAGCACAGACAGAUAUGAACAACAGGCAUAUGAUCAUAAAAUAGAAGUAAUUAAUCAGGGGGCCUUGCUCCCCAAGAAAAAGGAAUUUGUAUCUCCAAGAACAUCGUCAGUUUCGAAUACUAAUAUCCCCUCUACAAAAACUCACAUAAAAGAUAUAGCAGUUACUCAAGUUAAUGAAAGUGUGAUUUCUAAAGAUGUUUCAGCUUCAGUAACUAACCAAAAAGUAAGAACCAGUGAGUCAAAUGCUCAAAACUUCAAUCACCUUAAAUGUGAGCAAGAAUUAAAACAAGUGAAAAAUGAAAGUUUGAAGGCUAAGAAAAAUGUAUGUUUUUCACCAAAAGCUGAAAAUUCACCAAUAAAAACUAAAGUGAUAGACAUUUCAGUUGCCCAAGUUGGUGAACCUGGUAUUACCUCAAGGACACAAGAAACAUCUUCAGAAAGUGAACACAAAGGUAGUACAGUCCAGUUAAAAUAUGAGGACUUUGAUCAGUUCAUGUGUGAUCAAGAGCUAGAAGGAAUUAGUGAAGAAACUUUAAAGCCCAAGAAAAGGGUAUCUUUUUCACCAAAUAUGUCCCCAGCUUCAGAAACGGUUUCAACACCAAAACCUAAAACAGAAGAGGCGGUAUCCAUUCAGCGUAUGGAACAUAAGCUACACAACAUGGAAGUAAAAAAUUACGUGGGGACACAAAAUGAAACUGAGCAAGACUUUGAUCAGGAGUGUGAUAGAGAACUGGAAAAAAUUCAUGAACAAACUUUAAAACCCCAGAAAAAUGUGUUUUUACCACCAAGGGCAUCUCCAGCGUUAACAACAGAAACAACACCAACAAAGCCUAAGACAUAUGUUAGAAAGUUUAAAACCCCUCUUAUGAUUGCAGAAGAAAAAUACAGACAGCAAAGAGAGGAAAUGGAAAAAAAUAAACAAAAGGCUGUGUACCAGGUUGUUAAUACAUCCACCAUGAAAUCAGAAACAAACCAUAUCACUGAAGACCUAAAAGUUGAUCAGUCUGCAUCCAAGGUCUCUCUUGAAAUGUCGAUGGCAUCAACAAAAAAAUUAGACCACGAUAAAAUUCAUUUAAAUGCUAGAGAAAAUGUGAUCUCCGAUGAGGACUCUUUGUUAUGGUUUGAUCGAAGCAAACAUGAUUCCGCUCUAUUAGCAUCCCCAAAACUAAGUAACUUUGAAAGAAGUGCAGCAUCAUCGAAUGAAGAACAUGUGAGACAGGAAAAAAGAUUAGAUGUUGUUAAGGAGAAAAAAACAGAACAUACAUUUAACAAAUCACAAAGGUCAAACAAAGUAGAUGAACUGACUCUUGUGAAAGAAAAGACAGAUGUGAAACAUCUUAAUAAAAACAUUGAGAAUAUACAGCAAGAAAUGAAUGUGAAGCAGAUACAUAGCGUUGGAAAUACGAGGCAAAACGAGAGUUCCGCUACCCAGAUGAAACAAAGAAAGACUGAGGCAUCGCACAAGGUGUGCUUCAAUGAAAAGCAACAAAGCCACGAACUAAAGGCACAAUCAAUUUCACACAACUCAGAACAACAACAGCAACAAUUAGGUCGUUCUGGAAAUAUAGAAGAGGUGUGCAAUGAACUAGAAACACAGAAAGAACAAACCAAGCACACAGGGAUCACAAUAACAAAGGCUGAAGGAACGGCAAGCCCAGAAAUCUUAAAGAAACAUCAAGUCAAGAUUAAUAAAACAAUAAAACAAGAAAAUAUUGAGAGUCAAGGACAAUCUGAAAAGCGCUUACCUAUCCACCAAACCCCCAAGGUGUUUUUUCCUAAACACUCAACCCAAGAAAGCAAAGCAAUCUCUCAAAAUACUGUUAUAAAAAGGCAGGUCCAAGAAACAACUGCAAAAACAGAAACAUCAGAAAAGAAACAAUCACUUCCAGUGUCACAAAUCAAAGAGGAACCUAGUUCAACCGAAGUCCUUGAGUAUAUUAGAAGAUGUGAGGAAUUACAGCAGACCCUAACAAAAGCAAAGAAAAUUGAAUCCAAUCCACAAUCAUUGAAUAUAUAUACAUUUACAACUUUCCUAAAUAUUGUUCCCAACUGGUUAAUUAGUCAGGAAAAAAAGAAAGACAUGGCGAAUUUGGCUGCAUCCAACAGUCCGGAUGAUAUUACAAAGCAAAUGUCCUACAUUAAGCGCCAAGUAAUGGACAUGCAGUCUUCUUUUGAAAGUCAAAUACAUUCAGUCAUAAAGUCUUCGUCAACUGCGAGUAGGCAUGAAUCAAGUAGUCACAGUGGACUCUCACAGAAACAGAUAAGUGCCAUCUCUAGAAAAGUGGACAAGACAAAUCAAGUCCAGGAGAAAUCACAAAAAAUUGGUAAUGAAUUUGGUAGAUUAUCAAGUGAUUUCAGGGCAUGUUCUCCAUCCUUAAGAAUGCGAUCCCCAUCACCUACAUAUAUAACCAUAGAAUCAACAGCAAGAAGAACAGAAUCACCUCAAAAUGGCCCACUGCUAUCCCAGUCUCCUUUACCAAAGGAACCUGUAACAGCACCUUUACCUCCUCGAAGAUCCAUGACACCCAAAAUGACAUCUCCAUCUCCAACUCCACAAAAGAACCGCUCUGAACAGCUAGCCAAAUUAAAAGACACAACUGCAAAGUUAUCUCAUGGACCGUCACAGGCACGGUCAGUCACCCCAAUUCCUGUUGUGAUAGAGAAAAAGUGUGAAAUCAUACAUUCGCCCGCUUCUCUACGCAGACAGCUCAAAAUAGAAAACCAUGCCACAGGGUCUGUGUGUAUCACUCCUACUCCAGUCAGUGAAAUUGCAGUAAGUACAGUAGAGGACAGAACAGAACUUUAUGAAGAAGCUAGAAUGUCAGAAGUACAUAAACCAUACUCCCAGAAAGAUCCAACACACAUCCCAGUCUGGCCUAGUCCAGAUAUGGAUAGUUUGGAUGUUAUUUUAGUCGCAAAGAAAUUUGAGGUUCCCACCUCAUCUGAACGACGAGAUGCAAAAGUCUAUACGAGAGAAGGGGCAAAUUCAUAUGAAAAAUCAGUCAUUGGGAGCAAAGCUGAAAUACACCGGGCUGGUGAGGUUGAAAAUAAGAAUUUCAGGACAACUAAAGGCACAUUUCAUACGGAGCAAAAGAAGAUAUUAAAUCCAGAGAUAAAGAAAUGUGAUCCUCAAAUGACACAAGCAAAGUCUACUCCCCAUGAUGACAUGAAAGGGAAGACCAGAACUGUUCCAAUAAGACAAUUAAAAGACCCCAAAGAAAAUACUUCUAAGCAAAUAUUUGUAAGCAGGCAGCAUGAAACUAAGGAACACAUACUGAAACCAAUGUUGCACUCUGAGUCCAUAUCUAUCACAGAACAAGUUUCUGGGGCAGAUCAAUUAAAAAGCAAAGUGGGCAGAACUAGAACAUCAUUGAAUUCCGAAAGUAUGAAAUCUGGGUUUGAGUUUAAACAUGCUCCUCCUACAUAUGAAGAUGUCAUAUCAGGACACAUGCUAGACAUUUCUGCGACCGAGUCCCCCGAGGAAAUUCUGAAAAAUUUUCAAAAGACAUGGAAAGAAAGCGAAAGGGUCUUUCAAAGUCUCGGCUACACGGUCUCCGACACUUCUGAAAUGAGAAGUAGCUUCCAUCAGGAAGAAUUUAUUACUGAAAAUGCUACAUCAGGACAAGGAAGUCUGCACUGUUUGUCAACAGAAGGUUUAUCCAAUGGAAUGCCUAGUCACAGACAAACAGACCUAUCAUAAGAAUUGCUUCUGCUGCAGCCACUGCCAUAGUAAAUUAAGCUUGGGAAAUUAUGCAUCUCUCCAUGGAAAAAUAUAUUGCAAACCCCAUUUUAAACAACUUUUUAAAUCAAAAGGGAACUACGAUGAAGGAUUUGGGUAUAAACCACACAAAGAGCUGUGGAAUUCAAAAUCUCAG